AUGUCACUGCUUCUCCUUCAGAUGUUAGUACUUUCAUGUCUUGGAGCCACAGAGCUACAGAGAAAUUCACAGCAAAGGAGAAGCAGAAGACCAUUUCAACACUUCCUCUACCUGAACAAAAAUCUCUUUGAAAGCCAAAGUUCUCCUGAGCUGGUAAGUGAGAACCCAGUAGAAGUUGAAGAGACCCUGAAAGUACCAAGCUUUUUUGUAUCAAUUCCACAGACAGCAUCUGGAAGUGAGAAGAAAGAGGAUAAAAAAAUGUCCAGAUUCAUACUUCCCAGUGCAGGACUCCAUGCAGACCAAAACCUUAGAACGUGGGUUGCAUCCAGAGAGACCUCUCCUGUGGAAAACCUCUCUCCACCCCAUUAUCCCAGCAAGAGAGAAUCUGAAUUUCCCUACAGAAAAGAUGCCAAGAAAUUCUGGGACCAUUUCAUGUUAAAGAAAAAUUCAGCAUCUGAAGAGGUUGUCCUGCCAAUCAAGACCAAUGAAAUGCACCAAGAAAACUGCAGAACCCUGCCUUUCACCCAGGGUGUUACUCACAACAGCUGUGAGAAGGUGACAGUACAGAAUAAUCUGUGUUUUGGAAAAUGUAGUUCUUUUCAUGUUCCUGGUUCAGAAGAUCAUCUUUAUACCUUUUGUUCUCGUUGCCUGCCCAGCAAGUUCUCCAUGAAGCGCCUGGACCUCAACUGCACUGAUUCUGUUCCAGUGGUCAAAGAAAUCAUGAUUGUAGAAGAGUGUAAAUGUGAAAGUCGGAAGAUUAAAGACCCUGUGAUUGGAUCUCUACUGUCAGACUUGUAUGAAAAUGUACAUGAGCACAAUUAA